AUGCUGAAAGGUCUUUCUGGUUAUGGUCUAUAUGGAGAUCUUUUGUCUGUUUAUACAAAAUGCCGGGUCUUGAAUUGCCCAUCUGAUGAUUUUACAUUUCCUUUCGUGAUUAAGGCUUGUUCAGCUUUAGGUGCUUCUGGGAUUGGACAGCAGAUUCAUUGCGUUGUUUUGAGAAAAGGGUAUGAAAGAAAUGUUGUCAUUAUGACUUCUUUUAUUGAUUUUUAUGCGAGAAAUGUCGAUAUAGGGAUUGCGCGGAAACUGUUUGAUAGAAUUUCUGACCCUGACUUGGUUUCAUGGAAUGCUUUGCUUUCUGGUUACUGUUUUAAUGGACUUGAUAAAGAAGCAUUGGGGGUUUUAGGGAAAAUUCAGGGAAUGAACAUAAAGCCUAUUGUCAGUACUCUGGCAAGUAUAAUCCCUGCAUGUACGCAGUUGGGGUAG